UGGGAACCUGGCUGUUCUACAUCUCUUUCUCUUCUCCCACCGCUUUGGUUCUUUCUCUAGAUCGCCAUUAGUGUUGUAUUGUGGAUUUCUUCUGGGAUUCGAAGGGAUAAGAGGAUGGAGUUCACGCAUGGAAGAAAUAGGCUUCACAUCAACGAGCAAGAAGAGCAAGGGCAAGCCUGCAAACAUGCUCCUUUGGUGCCUUACUCUUCUUCCUCCUCGUCUCCGUCGGCUUCAUCCUCUCACUUCAGGCGGAACGAGGGCUCGUCGGUCAUCGGCGAUAAUCUUUUUGAGAAGGAGCAUAUGUUCGACAAGGUGGUAACGCCAAGCGACGUCGGCAAGCUAAACCGGCUGGUGAUCCCGAAGCAGCACGCCGAGAGGUACUUCCCACUGGACGCGUCGGCCAACGAGAAAGGGCUGCUGCUCAGCUUCGAGGACCGCACCGGCAAAUCGUGGCGCUUCAGGUACUCCUACUGGAACAGCAGCCAGAGCUACGUGAUGACCAAGGGGUGGAGCAGGUUCGUCAAGGAGAAGCGGCUCGACGCCGGGGACACCGUCUCCUUCAGUCGCGGCGUCGGCGACUCUGGUCGCCACAGUCUUUACAUCGACUGGAAGCGGCGGCCCGAGAACCACGAUCCAGCCCGGAUGCCGCGAAUUCCUCUCCCGGGAGUCUCCUUUGCGCGGUCGGUAGGACCGUGGGCCGGUCACCUCCUCAUGCCGUCUGGGGCGGCGAUGGCAACGGCGUACGACCACCGCCUGGCGGGGUAUGGUUGCAGCGUGCCGAGCACGACUGCUGUCAAGGGGCAACUUCUUCUCUUUCCUUCUCCGAUGACCGGGCCGCCACCGACGGAGGUGCAACCCGGUGGGAGUGGCGGUCUGUCGAUGUCGAUGGUUCUUGAAUCGGUGCCGGCGGCCCACAGCCAGGCCAUCGCCAAGCGUGUCAGGCUGUUCGGGGUGAACCUCGUCAGCCCCGAAUCACAAGUCCACGCCGAUGGCAAUCGGUCACAAGAAACGUCUGCUGUCCCUCUCCUCCAGUUGCAGCAUAGCAGCGUCGAGUCCUCGUCGCCUUCAUGGUCGUCGACGAGCAAGGAGCAGCAUUCGUCCUUGGAUCUUGACCUAUAAGAGAGGAUAUCAUCAUUCGCUUGCAGAUCAAUUGGGAUGAACACCGAACCGUGUUCGACGAAAGUUGGAAGGUUCUUUCUAUAGUUUUGUGCUGCUUUUAUAUGAUGGAAUGGUGCAUCCAAAUUGAAGUUGUUCUUCAUAAUCUACCUCUUCAAACUGUACAUAUGCUGGAAGAUAUAAAGGCUCGUAAGCCUCUUCAUAGGAUUCUAAUCCGAAAGAGCCCAUGUUAUCACCGGGAAAUCGCUCAUUCUUUUGCUCAAUGCUUUUAUGAUGUCUUUUUGCUGGUCUUCCCUUGGAAUAAAUGCUUCAUCUCUUUCAGAAAGUUCCAAAGAAGUCGAUUUGACAUUCCUUAAAUCGAGGACGGACAGCUUUGGAGCAACAGAGAAUGAAACAAGGUUUCUACAGGGGAAGAUCACAUAGUAAAGGAGCCAUCUCAUUUCAUGGUUUCUGGAAAAUGCUAAUUAUAAUCUCGAAAUUUGUCAUCCAGGUAUGGUGUCUUUGAGCUCAUGAUACCAAUAUUGAUUAGUACAUUGUGUGCUGUUCAUGAAAAAGAUGACAAGGAUGCAUAUUCCAUUAGGAUUUGAAGCUUGGCAUUAGUACUCAAUUUUCAGAUAGGUUCGAAUAAUGUGCCUUAACUGAAGUAUUAUACCUUAUAUAUACUUUGCCAAUUGUUCUUUGUUUUGGCCUCCAUGAUAGAUAGGUCACUGCUCCAAUGACAAUGUACUAUUAUAUGUAUUAGUUUUUUAACUAAUCAUUUUCUUCUUCUUCUUCUUCUUCUUCUUUUUUGCGUAAUAUGAGUCUUCUUUGAAUAACAAAUACGAUACUAUAUAAUGCAUAUUUGGAUAUUAAAUUUUACAUUCCACUCAUUAAACUCAUACAUUUAGUACAUAUGCCUUACAUUUUGAGCAUGAUUUUGACUUGAUGAAGCUUGAAAACAUGGCUCAUGCAAGUUUGUUCGUGCCAAAUACAAUGAAUCUGUAAAAUGUGGAAUAGAAACAAUUCGAAAUUCUAAAAAUAAAUUCUUGAAUGCAUGCAUAUAUGGUAUUCAAGAGGGAUUGAAGAUAUGAGUUCCACAAUGUGUAUUUUAGGUCUUUCAAAUUUAUUUCAUGUUUCUGAACAGAUCUACAUGUGAAUGAUGACUCCAUUAUGCAUACAUCUAUGCAAUUAAGAUCUUGUCCUUGAAAGAUGCGGCCAUCACACAGUCAAUAAACCAAGGAGGAUUAGCAGCAUACUGUGCGUGGUGGUUUCUACAGGCCAUGCAUUAUUUCGAACGCAUACUUGCUUUGCAUCUGCUUUGGUGGUAGUAUAUAUAGGUCAUAUAUUCCAUGAAGGAUGAGAUUGUGCACGCAGAGCGCCGAUGGUGGCUUCGAUAUCGCAGACGUCAUAUGACUCGAUCUGUCUGCCGCAUAAGGACGAGAGGGAUCUCGUUUGGAGCAGAGGCAAGCCGACGUCGCCCCUCAUGCAUGCACAUGCGUGCACAGGAAUCUGUGGGCUUAUGGUCGUCCUUUUCGGACUUGUCUUGGCAUACUGGACCUUAUGUUUACAGAAGGAGACAAGCUUUAAGAGGCCGCAUUAAUGGAACAUGUAUUGCCACCUUGUCUUC